GCGAGAGACGAAAACAACUUUUUGCUGCUAGUUGUGAGCACCGGCCCGCCGUGCAUGAGCUGUAACCUGACACCGGACCAAGACGCUGGAAGGAGCGAGAAAGCGGCGGCGGCGGCGGCGGAGGAGGAGGAGGAGAAAGAAAGGAAACCCCGCCAAGGAGCCGCCGAGGGGGAUGGUGACCGCCUCCACCCGCGCCUAGAGGCGGCCCGGCAAUGGGCAGAAGAGAAGCCGCCUGAGCCCUCGGCGAACUUUUCCCCUCCUGAACGCCGGGCAGGAGCAGGCGGAUGGAGGAUGCUUUCUCCCCGGCGGGCUGUGUGAGCAGGAGGCGGCGGCGGAGGAAGCGAAGACGAUGAAGAAGAAGCUGCCGCCUCAGCAGCCGCCGCCUCACCACGACAGAACUUGCCCGGAGCCUCGGCUCCAUGUGGCCCUGUCGGCCGCUGGGGGUCCCGGGCAGGGAGCGGGUUGGCGGAGGCGGCGGCCCCUCUCGCUGCUGCCGUUCCUCUCGCUCCGCGACUACGGCUUCUGCAUGGCCGUCCUGCUGUUCUUCUGCCUUGGCUCCCUCUUCUACCAACUCAACGGGGGGCCCCCUCACUUUCUGCUGGACCUGAGGCACUAUCUGGGAAAUUCCACUUAUUUGGAUGAACAUGGGCCACCCCCUCGUAAGAUACUCCCAUUCCCUAGCCAAGUGGUAUACAACAGAGUUGGAAAGUGUGGAAGUCGCACUGUGGUUUUGCUCUUAAGAAUUCUGUCUGAGAGACAUGGUUUCAACUUGGUUACAUCAGACAUUCAUAACAAAACCAGACUGACCAAGAAUGAACAGAUGGAAUUGAUUAAAAAUAUAAGCACUGCUGAACAACCAUAUUUAUUCACUAGACAUGUUCAUUUCCUCAACUUCUCAAGGUUUGGAGGAGACCAACCAGUAUACAUCAAUAUCAUUAGAGAUCCUAUCAACCGUUUUUUAUCUAACUAUUUUUUCCGCCGAUUUGGAGACUGGAGAGGGGAGCAGAACCACAUGAUCCGCACACCAAGCAUGAGACAAGAGGAGAGAUACUUAGAUAUUAAUGUAUGUAUUCUUGAGAACUAUCCUGAAUGUUCCAAUCCCAGGUUAUUUUAUAUUAUUCCAUAUUUCUGUGGACAGCAUCCAAGAUGCAGGGAGCCUGGUGAAUGGGCCCUCGAAAGAGCAAAAGUGAAUGUGAAUGAAAACUUUCUACUUGUGGGGAUUCUGGAAGAAUUGGAGGAUGUGCUGCUUUUACUAGAAAGAUUUUUACCUCAUUAUUUCAAGGAUGUGCUUAGCAUCUACAAAAACCCAGAGCAUAGGAAACUUGGCAAUCUGACUGUGACAGUGAAAAAGACCGUCCCUUCUCCAGAAGCCAUACAGAUCCUGUACCAGCGCAUGAGAUAUGAAUAUGAGUUUUACCAUUAUGUCAAAGAUCAGUUUCACCUGGUAAAGCGCAAGUUUGGACUGAGAUCUCCAAGUGAUAACUCUCCCCCCAAGCCAGAAAUUGCCAUUCCUUCUCCUAUGGAAACUGAAGAGCCAAUAACAGAAGAUGAGGAGCAAGAUGAUGAAAAGUGGUUGGAAGAUAUCUAUAAAAGGUGAUGCAAGCAUCACUUUCUCCUCUGGUUAAUGGUUCCAGAUUUUUCAAAAACUAAUCAUAAAAUUCCUUAAGAAAGCGAGUUAAUGUGCAGCAGCAUAAAAACAUUUUCUCCCAGGUUGAAGAGAAGGGAGAGUCCUCAUUUGGGAAGGGUUUAUGUGUGUGUUUUAAGUUGUUUUUGUUUUUCUUGGCUCCAUAGGAUCAUAGUGACUAAGGCAUACUUCUAAAAAUGCAAUUUCUUAUUUUAUCACAUAUGUGUUUUUCUGUAAUGGUAUUCAUAUAAAUGAGUACACAUUCUCAUUUGAGCAUCUGGAACUAACAAGAAAGUACUAGAAACUUGUUUCAUCAUCUAAUAGGAAGUACUGUUUUGCUAAAAUAAUGAAGAAAUUCAUUGCAACUACAUCAUAGGACUAUGAGCUAGGCCUCCAUUCUCCUAAGAGAGGCAUUACAAUGAGGGGAUAUUAAGCUAACUAUGCAGUUAAAAUAGCUGGUUUCAUUAAAUUCCAGUAGCAUUCAAAGUGGAAGAAAGCUGGAAAGGAUGGCAUUCACAGAAAGCACAUUUUGCUCAAGAUACUGGUGUUAGACUAUGAAGAAUUCAUUGGUGUUACUUUUUUAUAUGAAAGGAAAAUAUCUUUAGCAUUUAAUUCCUAACUUAAUACUAGACAUGUUUAAUAAGUGGAGCCAGAAUAUUGAAGUAGCUGGAAAAUGACAUGUGGGUUCUUGGUUGAAAGAACAUUUCUGUAAAGUCAUAAAUGUAUCAGCUGUUUAUCUCAUUAACUGAUUGUAAUUAGGGAUGCUCUUGCUAAAGAUCAUUGUCUCCCUCUGAUGUAUGUCUUAAUACUCUGGACUAGUGAAAAGCAGAUACUGAAUACUGUAAUGUUAGUAAAUGAAACUGGGGACAUAUUCGGUGAUGGUUACGGAGGUACAGAGGAGGCUUACUACUGUCAUCAAGAGAACCAUCAAAUGUUUAACAACUGCAGAUGUUUUGACUUUGCAGGUAUUCUUUAAGGCACUGGGAAUAACAAAUGUCUUCUCCAUAAGGUGCAGUUCAGAGUAGUAGAAUUAGCAAGCAGGGGAGAUAACAUUAGCCCUGACUUGGAUAGCCCAGGGGAGCCUGAUCUUGUCAGAUCUCAGAAACUAAGCAGGGUUGGCCUUGGUUAGUAAUUGGAUGGAACACCUCCAGCAAAGACUAGGGUUACAGAGCCAGGUAAUGGCAAACCACCUCUGUUAGUGCCUUGCCAUGAAAACCCUACCAGGGGUUGCCAUAAGUCAACUAUGAUUUGAGGGUAGGAUUUCAUUUUUAGAUAACAUUAAAUUGCUACUCCUAGGAGCAGGGAAGUUGGAGGGGGCAGUAUUUCAGAGGUAGCAUUUGGUGUUACUUCUAAUGUUUUUGUUAUCUGUCGACACAUCUCCAGCAAAGUCCCUUCCUGGAGCCUGUGAGAUGCACGUAAUAAUGUAAGCCACCACAGUCUAUUGUAUUCUAUUUUUUACUGUUCUCUUCAGGGCAAAAUUAAACACACAUAAUUGGCUAAAGCUCAAUGGACAAAUUCUCUUAUAACUAGUUGCAUUCUAAUGUUGUGGUUCCAGUGCACUACUCUGAAGGAACACACUAGGUUCUAGAAAGAGUCAAUAAUAAUUAACCAAGAUGCUGCAUUGUAUAUUUUAAGUGGUUUCUAUGAAAUUACAUUUGAAGAUUAAUGAUUAGUUUACACACUGUGGAAUUGUUUUAUUUCGGAAAGAAAAUUAAUAUUCACACAUUUUUUUUAAAAAAAUGCUCAAUAUUUUAUCCAUAUUGCAAGAGUCCUGGGUAGUUUAACAUGCUAACCUUUUCAGCAGUUUUACCACCACUUAAAUCUAUUUUUAUCAAUCUAUUUAAUACUAUUCUCUGCCAUGAAUACUUUGCAAAAUUAAAAGCAACAGCUGUUGGCUGAUUUACUUGCUGUUUUAAUGUUGUAUAUUUUUUGUACCAGCAGCUUGUCUUCUCGUCCCAGAAAGGUACUUUAUAAAUUUAUUUGGCACAUAAGCUUUUAAGUCUCCUAAUACAACAGGCCAUUUAUCUGUCAUGAAAUAGAUUUUAGAAUUUACUUUAAAUGGUUUAGAAGCACAUUUUAGUUUGUUAAUCGUGUGACUUAUUUAUUGUAACUUUUCAGCACAUUCCAAAUUAAAAGUUACUCAGGAAAGGAGUUCAUUUAGAUGAUAUUAUUUUGAUCUGGUGGUUUGUUUGUUUUAACAGAAUGAAAAUUACUGUUACAUGCCUUCAGCCCAUGACAGCCUUUUAGAAAGUACCAUACUUUUUUCUGUAAAUCUCUGUAAGUGGAGUGGAGAUGGGUUCUUGGCAUAUGUGAAAAUAAGAGAGCAUAUAUGUACAUUAGGUUAGUUGUCCUAUAUUUUAAUGAAAUAUUCAUUAACUUAUUCACCGACUUCCUUAGAUCAUAAAUAAUUCAUUUAACCCUUUUUAUUUUAGUCCACUAAUAUUUCCAUUUGGAACUCUUCACAUAACAGCGAACAUCCUUUCCUUUAGGGUUGCCAGGCUCCAAGUGGUAGCUGGAGAUCUCCUGGAAUUACAACUCAUCUUCAGAUGACAGACAUCAGUUCCCCUGGAGAAAAUGGCUGCUUUGGAGGGUCACUCUAUGGCAUUAUACCCCACUGAGAUCCCUCCCCUUCCCAAGCCCCAUGCUCUGCAGGCUCCACCCCCUCAAAUCUCCAGGAAUUUCCCAACCCAGACCUGGCAACCCUAUGCAGACAUAAUGGUUAAAGGUCAUCCCUUUUAUUCUCACCAUGGAAAGGGUAUCUAUGUUUUUCUUAUCAGGGUAAAUAGCUGCUUUUGCAGUGGCAAUUUAGAUCAGGAAAACAGUGCUGGGGGGGGGCAGGGGGAGAUUUUAAACCUUGCUUCCUCAGAGUAUUGCAGUUUUUGAUCCAGUUAGGUCAGUGAGCUUGCAGCUGAUACUAAAAAAGACAUGGAAAAUACAAUUAUGGAUGUUCAAUUGGUUGGACUCUAAGUUGUACCUUGAGGUGCGCAAGGCCCAAAAGCAAAGCUUUUUUUUCUUACGUAAACAAUACAGUGAACACUCAGCACUGCCCGGCCAACAUGUAGUAGUGCUGUUAAGUGGCAUAAUUUUUGAAGAAUAGUGGGAACAGCUUGGAGUCAUACAUUGCUUUUAACUGGAUAAUACAGAUAAGGGUAUGCUGCAUAAUAUGUAGGCACUAUUUGUCCACAGUCCUCAGGCAAAUUUACAAAGUUUUAUGUAAAAAAAUAAACACAAGAAAGAAAAUGCUCUUAAUGGCCCCCAAACCCUCUUGACUAUAAUUUUCAAAAUAGUAUUAAUAAAUGAAACAUUUGUUUAAUUUAUUGUAUUCUGAGGAGGUACAGUUGCAUUGCAGUUAUCUUGAAUGCACUUGCAUUAUGAAACCAUGAAUGUCUUUAUUGCUCUUAAAGGUACAUGUGGAAUAUUUUACUUUCUAUGAACAUUCUUUGUCACCUGGCCUUUGUGAAGACUUGCAUCCAUAUUGUGGUAAAAUUGAUAACACAGGCCAUAAAAAGUGUUAUAUUAAAUAUAGAAAUAUAGAUUCUAGUUAAUAAAAGCAGUCAAGUCUAACUUCCAGCAUUUUUAAAGGAGUACUGCUGCUGACUCUUCAUUUCUAGGAGAAUCUACACUGAAUGGAUGCUUUUAUUCUUGCAUCCAAGAAAACUUACUGUUAAAAGUAUUUGAAAAUAAUUAAAUUCUGUACAAAUUAAUAAAAGCCUGUAAUUCUCAAG